AUGUCCGCCAAAGAGGCAGCGGAAACGUACCGCACCGACCCCGCCGGCUGGCGUCUUAAGGUCGGCGAGGACAGCCAUGGCCAGCACAAGUGGGUGUACCUCCCGCCUGGCCCGCAGCGUGACGCGUGGCCGCAAACAGUCGUGGACAAGUACUCGAUGGGGCUGCCGACGGGGCUUCCAGAGCUGCCGAAAGCGCAGAGCGCGUUUGAGGCCGCUCAGAACGGACUCAAGUUCUACCGCGAACUGCAGAGCGAGGACGGCCACUUUGCGUCCGAGUAUGGAGGCCCUCUGUUCCUCACGCCGGGGCUCGUAAUCGCAAUGCACUGCUACGGUGUCGAGAUGCCGCGUGAGCGCAAGGCCGAGCUCAUCCGCUACCUCUUCAACAAGCUGCGCCCGGAGAUGGGCUGGGGCCUACACACGGAAGCACCACCCACCGUGUUCGGUACGGUCAUGAACUAUGUAGCCUUGCGUAUGCUCGGCGUCGGGCCGGACGAUGGGCCGAUGACGGCGGUCCGCGCAAAGAUCCAUGAACUGGGUGGCGCGGCAGGCAUCCCCACCUGGGGUAAGGUGUGGCUCUCGGUCCUCGGGUGCUAUGACUGGGAUGGCGUCAACCCCACGCCGCCCGAGCUGUGGUGCCUCCCCGACUGGGUGCCGUUCGCGCCAUGGCGCUGGUGGAUUCACGUCCGCGUUGUCUUCACGCCCAUAUCAUUCCUCUGGGCCUCGCGAUACGUUGGGCCUCAUCGCCCGCUUAUCGACGAACUGAAAAAGGAGAUCUACACGCAACCUUACGAGUCGAUCAACUGGCCAGCACAGCGCGAGAACAUUGCCCCUGUUGACUUGUACAACCCGCAUCACCUUGUGUUCAAGUCCCUCAACCGCAUCCUUGCCAUCUACGAGAAGAUGCCGUACAUGUCGUGUGUUCCCUCACUCCGCAAGGCCGGACUCAAGGCAGCCUACAAUCAGAUCGUCUACGAAGACGAGAACACGGGGUACCAGACCAUCGGGCCUGUGUCCAAGUCACUCAACAUGAUCUGCCGCCUCGCUAAAGAAGGACGCGACUCGGAGGCGUGCCGCCUUCACCUCGCCAAGGUCGACGACUUCCUCUGGAUGAGUAAGGACGGCAUGUUCAUGACGGGAACGAACGGCUCGCAACUUUGGGAUAUCUCGUUCUUGUCGCAGGCAGUGGUCGAGACGGGCCUCGCGAACGAGGCGGAGAACAAGAAAAUGUGCAUCGACAUGAUCGACUGGCUGGACAAGUGUCAGAUGCGCCAGAACCCGCGCUGGCACCGCGAGGGAUACCGGCAGUCUUCCAAGGGUGCAUGGCCUUUCUCGACUCCGGAGCAGAGUUACACCGUCUCGGACUGCACGGGCGAGGGCCUCAAGGCGACAAUGGCACUCCAGUCGCUCAGCUACACGCCCAAGCCCGUGAGCCUCGACCGCAUGCGCGACGCCGUCGACGUCAUGUUGUCGAUGCAGAACCCUUCGGGCGGCUACGCGAGCUAUGAGCUGCAGCGCGGCAGCGAGCGCAUGGAGUGGCUGAAUGCCGCCGAGGUGUUUGGCAAGAUCAUGGUCGACUACCUGUACCCCGAGUGCUCGACGUCCGUGCUCUCGGCGCUUGAGCACUUCCGGAAGAUCGACCCCAAGUACCGCGCCGUCGAGAUCGCAGUGUGCAUCGACCGCGUGGUGGAGUGGAUCCACCGCGACCAGCGCCCCGACGGCUCGUGGUACGGUUCGUGGGGUGUCUGCUUCACGUACGCGACAAUGUUUGCGCUUGAGUCGCUUGCGAUUGCGGGCGAGACUCACGCCAACUCGGAACGCGUGCGCCGUGCCUGCGCCUUCCUCCUCAGCAAGCAGAUGGCUGACGGCGGUUGGGGCGAGACGUACAUGAGCUGUGUGACGGGCGAGUACACCCACCACGAACAAAGCCAGGUCGUCAUGACUUCGUGGUCCGUGCUAGCACUGAUCUACGGCAAGAGCCCGGACCAUGAAGCCAUUCGUCGCGGCUGCGCGCUCAUCAUGAGCAGGCAGUUGCCCGAUGGUGCAUGGGCACAGGAGGGCACCGAGGGCAUCUUUAACAAGAACUGUGCGAUAGACUACCCCGCGUUCAAGCAUAUAUUCUGUAUCUGGGCAUUGGGCCGCGCCGCAAAGUACCUUGGCGAGGCCUAA